AGAAAAAAGCCGUUGCAAAUUCAAAGCUAUUUUGGCUUUUGGCUUCAAUUGGAUUUGGGAGAAGUUGCGACUUCUUCCCCUCUUUGUUAUGUCAAAUACUGGUGAAAGAACUACGUUACCACUUUUUGGUUUUCGAGCUGUCAGAAAGAGUCCCAAAAGGAAGCGUUCAAAGAAGUAUCCAGCGGAAUUAGAGUGUCUCUCCAACGAUAGUUUGCCAACGGAACGAGUUGUACUAAGCGAUAGUGACGUUCAAACUGCACAUUCAUCUUCUGAGUUGAAACCGGACGACUCGGAUUUUCCGCUUCCCAAAUACUACAGUGACUAUCGAGGUUAUGAAACGGAACCUAUCUCACCUAAGACACCUCCAAUGUCAGCAACUUGGAGAGAAAAGCUUGCGACACCAAAGGCCCCAAAGAAGGGUAUUCAUGAAACUAGAAACAUCUCUCUUUUUGAACAGGAGGAUCGUGAAGGUGGUGGAAUUUGUCGUUCUUGUGGAAGAAUUUGUCGAUUGCGACCUUCUGUACCUGUUUGUUUUCGUUUGAGUUGUGCACUUGAAUAUAUUAACGAGUUGCAGGAACGUUAAAAAAGGGGAAGAAGAGCAUUUCGUUCAUUUUCGUAAUUUUGAAAACAUGUCCGUGAUAAGUAAGUUGCCCCUGUGUUUAUAGCAUUCUGCCAAGGGACGCAAAGAAAUGGAGUUUUCUAAGAAUGAAAGUGAGGCAUAUAAUGGUAUGUUGUAUUUCCAGUAAUAGUGGAAGUGGUGUCUUGGAUUGACAUAAUGAUUCGAUAGCUGACAAGUGUUUUC